CAGAGACAAGAAGCAAGUUCGUUUGAUCUUCGUGAAAAAUCCAGUAAUGUGCCUUGUUGAUCUGUGAUCGAUUCCACGAACUCUGAAUAAUUUCUUUGAGAGAUCAUUUCAUUUCCCCCCUUUGUGUUUCUUACACCCUUCGUCACUCUCCCCGAUGGCGCAUCGGAGAACGAAACUCUUCUUCGUUGUUUGUGCCCUCUGCUACGUUCUUUCCGCCAUUGCAGGGAAGAGCUAUUACGACAUACUGCAAGUGCCGAAGGGUGCGUCAGAAGAGCAGAUCAAAAGGGCGUAUAGGAAGCUCGCUCUGAAGUACCAUCCUGAUAAGAAUCAGGGAAACGAGGAAGCCAAUAAACGAUUUUCGGAGAUUAGCAAUGCUUAUGAGGUUCUAGCCGACGGAGAGAAGAGGAACAUUUAUGAUAGAUACGGAGAGGAGGGUCUGAAACAGCAUGCUGCAAGUGGAGGUAGAGGUGGAGGGAUGGGGAUGAACAUUCAGGAUAUUUUUAGUCAGUUUUUUGGCGGAGGAGGUGGUAUGGAAGAGGAAGAGAAAAUUCCUAAAGGUGACGACGUAGUUGUGGAAUUGGAUGCGUCAUUGGAAGAUCUCUACAUGGGUGGUUCAUUGAAGGUAUGGAGGGAGAAGAACGUAUUGAAGCCAGCGCCGGGUAAGAGGCGUUGUAAUUGUAGAAAUGAAGUCUAUCACAAGCAGAUUGGUCCUGGAAUGUACCAGCAGAUGACAGAACAAGUCUGUGAGCAAUGCCCCAAUGUCAAAUUUGAAAGAGAAGGAUAUUUUGUUACUGUUGAUAUUGAGAAAGGGAUGCAAGAUGGGCAAGAGGUCACUUUCUAUGAAGAUGGUGAGCCAAUGAUUGAUGGAGAAGCUGGAGAUCUUAGGUUCCGCAUACGCACGGCACCUCAUGACCUUUUCAGAAGGGAAGGCAAUGACUUGCAUGCCACGAUCACCAUCACACUGGUACAAGCCCUUGUCGGUUUCGAGAAAAGUCUCAAACACCUUGAUGAACAUUUAGUCGAAAUCGGAACAAAGGGAAUAACAAAACCCAAGGAAGUAAGGAAGUUCAAAGGAGAAGGCAUGCCAUUGCAUUUCAGCACAAAGAAAGGCGAUCUCUAUGUCACAUUUGAGGUCUUGUUUCCCACAUCACUAACAGAGGAUCAGAAGACAAAUAUCCAGAAAAUUCUGGGUUAGUUAGCAGCAGGUUAUAUAGAUUUUGCAAUUCUUUUUCUCUUUUUUGUUGCGCUCAAUCUCAAAGAUGCAUGCAUACCCAUUGUAGUAGACUGAAAGAUCAUUAAGAAAAUUUGGUAAUUGCUGAGCCCUGCAGAAGUUUUGAUUGAUUUAUUUAACAAUGAUGUUAUCCAUGAUGAUAUUGAUCUUUGAUGUUGUUAA